AUGGACGUCGCUCGUGUGUCCCAGUCGGACCCGGUGGAGGUGUCGGUGGCGGCAGUGGAGGCGGAGGCGGCGGCUGCGGUGGCGGUGGUAGCGGAGGUGGCGGAGGUGGCGGCGGUGGAGGAGGCGGCGGCGGAGGAGGUGGAGCUGGUCGGGGUGAAGCUCCGCAGAGGGUCAGCUCCGGUGGUGCGGGGUGGGGGUACUGGUCCGUGCACCUACGUCCUACGCACCAGCGACCGCGCGGGUGAGCCGUGCGGGGGUGCGCACUCCACCCAGCGCUGCUUUGGCCGCCUGACGGACGCUUGGCGUCACCAGUUCCCUGAGGCCACUAAGAUCCCUCGCUGGGGCGAGCUGUCUAGUGCGGGAGUAGCUGUCUUUGACCUUGACUUUGAUGCUAUUCUUGCUGCCAUCUAUGCUGUGAAUGUUAGUGAUGAGGGUGACUAUUACCGGUGUUUUCCGCUUGACCCGGGCAUUGAGACUGCUGCUCUAGGUGCUGGUGAGGCUACUGCUCUAGGUGCUAGCGAGGCGGCUGCUCUAGGUGCUGGUGAGUCUGCACUCUCAGGUACUGCGUCGGCUUCGGCCACCCACUUCUUCACACUUGACUCGGGGGCUUCUCGCUCCUUCUUUCGAGACCGCACCACACUCACGCCGCUUGGUCGGCCAGUUGCUGUCUCUCUGGCAGACCCCUCUAGGGGUCCUGUCCUUGCUCACUUCUCCACUGUCCUCCCGUGUCCGGUGGCCCCCUCUGGCACCCUGUCUGGUCUUUACCUCCCCUCGUUCUCUACGAACUUGGUGAGUGGUGCUGACCUACAGGAUGCGGGGGUUCACCAGUUCACUCCUGCGAGCAAGCGAGUGACCCACUGCACGGACGCUCGGACGGGCCGACACUUGGCCACGCUUACACGUUGGCCGGGGUCGAGCCUGUACACACUGACCACUGAGUCUCCUCCAGUCAUUGCGUCUGGUCAGGCAGCUGCGUCGGGUCAGGUGUUUGCUGCAGUGUCCAGGUCUGGUCCUGAGUCUGCCCCCUGCUCGUGUCUCCUCCUGUCUCAAGAGACUCUCCUCUGGCACCACCGCCUUGGUCACCCCUCCCUGCUUCGUCUUCGAGGCAUGGCUUCCCGUGUCCUUGUCUCUGGUCUUCCCCGGUCCCUCCCUCCCCUUCCUCCGGGGCCUGCCCCUACCUGCGUCCCCUGUGUCGAGGGGCGGCAGCGUGCUGCCCCUCACUCCUCCCAUUUUCCUCCGACAGAGGCCCCGCUGCAGACGCUUCACAUGGACGUGUGGGGCCCGGCCCGCGUCCGUGGACAGGGUCACGAGCGCUACUUCUUGCUGGUGGUUGACGACUACUCGCGUUACACCACAGUCUUCCCCUUGCGCAGCAAGGGUGAUGUCACUGAGGUGUUGAUCGACUGGAUCCGCGCAGCUCGUCUCCAGCUCAGGAAGAGUUUCGGCUCGGACUUUCCUGUUCUGCGUCUGCACUCGGACAGAGGCGGAGAGUUUUCCUCUGGCCUUCUGUGA